CCCCAUGCUUCCCUGCUGUUUCUUUGUGGCCGUGCUGGCCCCUCUGGUGUUAGCCUUGGAACAAUCUCCAGACAUGGUGAUAAAAGAAGGCCAGUCCGUGAAUCUGGACUGUUCCAAGAAGAAAUCCUCCAACACAGCUAUGUACUGGUUCAUGCUGCCUUCAGAGAAGAAUUCCAGUCUGACCCGGGUGGUUUACGCAAUUGAAGGUGCUAAUGCAGCGGUGGAGAAGGGUUAUGAGAACCAUUUCAAGAGCAGCAAUAUAAAAGGAGACAGUAUCAGCCUCUCAAUUGAACAUGCCUUUCUCAAUGACUCUGGCACAUACUACUGUGCUGAGAGUGAUCACAGUGGGUUAGCCCUGGAACAGUCUCCAGACAUGGUGAUAAAAGAAGGCCAGUCCGUGAAUCUUGAAUGUUCUGAGAAGAAAUCCACCAGUACUGCUAUGUACUGGUUCGUGCUGCCUUCAGAGAAGAAUUCCAGUCUCACCCUACUGGUUUCUGCAUUAGAACGUGGUACCUCAGUUGUGGAGAAGAGUUUUGAGAGCCAUUUCAAGAGCAGCAAUAUAAAAGGAGACAGUAUCACCCUCUCAAUUGAACAUGCCUUUCUCAAUGACUCUGGCACAUACUACUGUGCUGAGGGUGAUCACAGUGAGAGUGCUGCAAUAAAGAGGCAAGAAGAGCGUGUGUUCUUCUCUGGCAUGGAGAAG